AUGACGGGUAGCCGGAUCACCGCCCUGGCCCGCUCCUCUAUACGGCCGAGCCAGCCAGCCAGCCAGGUCCACAUUCUUGCCCCCCCCGACACAUGCAUAUUCACCAACGCACCUGGCCUGUUGGUUGAGGCCCUCGAACAGCUCAGUCGACCUACCUCCAAGCCCGACCUACCCUCAGCUCGACCUACCUCAGUCCGACCUACCUCAGCUCGACCUACCUCAGUCCAGACCUACCUUAGCCUGACUACCCUCAGCUCGACCUACCUCAGUCCGACCUACCCUCAGUCCGCUCACCUCAGCCCGACCUACCCUCAGCUCAUUCCUCAGCCGGCCCUCCCUCAGCUCGACCUACCUCAGUCCGACCUACCUCCGGCCGACCUACCUCAGCUCGACCUACCUCAGCCCGACCACCCUCAGCUCGACCUGCCUCAGUCCGACCUACCUCAGCCUGACCUACCCCGGUUCUGUGUUGGAUGA